ACAGAAGACAGAAACAAAAGGCAGCCAGGCACCCCCAGCCAUACAACAUAACCUCUCACACAUUUAUUUAUUCUUUAUUCUGGGUGCUGCACAGAAUAAAGAAUAAAUAAAUGUACAUCAUGUCAUCAACAAUAAAUACUGGAAGACACCACAAGAUGAACACAGGAACCACGAGGUCCAGGAGGUUGAGCUGUUCAAGACCACUGGCCAGAUUGUGAUGGAAACAAGAUGCACCAACUGGGCGAUGCAGCAAUGAGAAAAGAAGAAGAGCGGCACAGAACGGCAUCAGGAAACAUGGCACAAGAAGACACCAGGCAACAAGCUUGAGAGAAAAGCUCUUUGAAAAGCUGACGACCUCAUUAAAAAAGGCGCGUUGCUUGGUUUGAGAUACAUGGUUGAAGAAGUUCAGGAGCUUUUAUCAUGAGGUUGAACAGGAUAUGAUGAGGCUGAUGGAGUUGACACAGCAUCAGCGUGCAGGACAGAAGACAGCUCAGGCUGCGUAGAAUCAAAGUACAGACAUAGAAAUAGAAAGGUGAUGUGAUCAUCAAGUACCACAGUGACAAGAACAGCAGUUUUUAGUGUCUCCAGAUGAUUAACUUUGGGAGCAGAUCAUCAAAAAUACUGUCAGAAAAACACACGUUUCACUUUUUAAGAUCUCACUCAAUCAGCUAAUCAAUUUUCAUUAUGCAGUAUGUGAUGUCUUGAUGACAUCACAAAGCAGUCCUGAGAUGAUGUCACUACAGUCUGAAGAACGCAUUUAUUAUUAUCUGAUGUCAUUUAUAUUAUUUUAUUUUUUUGCUUUGUAGCAGCAGUUCGUCUCUUUCGUUGCAAGUUGAUUCGUGUACAUGUUGCAGUAUUUGAGUGUGUGUGUGCGUUCAGUCAUUUUGUACAUCUGCAACCCCCCCCCCCAAUAAAAAGAAAAUAAGAAAAACUGGUUUAACUGGAAGUAAAGCAAAGCUGGAGGCAACAGAGAGAAAGAGAGCAAACACACACACACACACACACACACACACACACACAGUCAGGGCGUCUCACACAGCUGACAAACCUCACAGCCAUGGACGUGCCAAACAUCAGGAUUCUCCUACUGGGAAAGUCCGGAGCUGGGAAAAGCAGCCUAGCUAACACUAUAUUUGGAAAAGACAGAUUCCAGGUCAACCAUUUCAACAAUAUGAAAACACAGAUUUGCCAAACAGAAACCCAACUGAUCAAUGGAAGAUCAAUCACUGUGAUCGACACUCCGGGUAUCUUUGGCAAAGACGUGCCGGAGCAGCAGAUAAAGUCCGAGAUGACAAAGUGUCUCCUGGAGUGCGCUCCCGGACCACACGUGUUCCUCAUCGUGCUCAAAGUGAGGAAGUUCACGGAGCAGGAGAAGGCAGUCUUCACCAAAAUCUGCAAGGAGUUCUCUGAAGACGUUUUGGAGCACACCAUAGUCGUCUUCACUGACGGCGACCAGCUCUUUGGAGGAAUGAAAAUUGAGGAGUUUGUCGAACAAAGCGAGGGUCUGAGGGAUCUGGUGAGGAAGUGUGGCGGCCGGUGCCACGUGGUCGACAAUAAAUACUGGAAGAACCGCCAGGAUGAAUACAUGAACAACAACCUCCAUGUGAAAGCGCUCCUCAACACAAUUGAGAAGAUGGUGGUGGAGAAAAACGGAGGCUACUAUACCAAUGCAACACUGCAAGACAUGGAGAAUGACAUCGUGGAAGAGGAAGCGAAAAUUAGAGAGUCUUCAGUGAGUAUUUCAAAGGAAGAGAGCCGAAACCAAGCCAAGAGCAGAGUCCUGAAGAGGCGUCUAGCUGAAAAGCCAACAACAUGGAAGCGAAAGCUCCUGUGGGCGGCCGUCUUUGGCGGACUGCUUGCUGCUGUCUUUGCUGUGGUUAUGAACACAGAAUUUGUCAAGAGCUACGUGCAGUCAUGCUGGGGGAACGGAAACUAGCAGACACAGGUGCAGACAUGUUUCUGCAAUUCACAGGAACGGGAGGUGGAGCCGGAGGUGAAACAACAGUCUCACUGCUCGAGUCAACAGGGACAUUUUAGGGCGUUUCCACUCCUAACUUGUUUGGAGCUUCGGACUCUGGCAUACUUUCUAACUCUACUUUCACACUUAGUUCAGUUGAGCAUACAUUCAAAAAAAUGUUGGAUUUACUUAAAAAUAUUGUCAAGUGGUUCCAUGUAACUGAUUCCUCAGAUACUUGAAAAUAGAAAGAGGUAGCUGAGAAUUUGUAGUGUUUGAUAGCAAGUGCCGUUGUGGUGCGCGGUCAUCGCGCUCACAGCUAGAGGUGGUGAACAUCUCUUUAAAAACUAUGAAACAUCAGCUUAACUGUCUGCCGCUAACAGUCGACGUGUCAACGUAGCUUAUUAAAGGGACAUUCAAGAGUAUUGUGUUGACUCCGCUAACGCAGAACCAAGCUAACAAUCAAGAGGAUGGAAAACGCUCUGGGGUUGUCUAAAGGUUUGUUAAAAGUGCUUUGAAACCUGUUUGACAAACAGGAACAGAAUAAAAUCUCAAAAGAAGUCAAACAUUGAAUACCAGCAUGUGAAUCUUUAUAAUCAUGGCUAAUUAAGCUAAAUCACUGUAUCGUUUGUGUAAUUCUCUCUUCAUUUGGGUUAUAAUGUCCCUUAUUCAUCCUUUGUUUGGAAAAAACUAACAAUAUUUGUUGCAACAGGUAACUGGCUGGUUAAAAUAUGUGUUUUUCUCAUUACUUCACAUUACUCAAUAUGCUUGUUCACAACUAUGCUAAUUUUCACAUGCAGGACAUAUUAGCCAAAACUUUAUCUUCGGGGCAUCCGUUUAAAAUUUAGCUUUUUAUUCACUUUGAGGUGUUUUAUGUUAUUGGCUUUCUGUGCUUUAUUCUUCUUCUUCUUCUUCUUUCAAAGCUUGAUUUUCAAAAACAUUUUUGUUGAUAUAGUCGUGUGCAAAAAAAAAGGGCGGAGUAAAAUGUGAAUCAGAGGGUGUGGUCAGUUAUUAUUGACCAAUCAGCUGUAUCAUUUGUCUUGUGUGUUUAUAAUGAUGAAAAACAGAAAUAAUAUUGUUUUUUCGGUGGUGCAGUGAUGACUUUAAUACACAAUAAACCUCCAGAUGUAGAA